UUGUGCAGGAAAGAUCACUGGGAAAAUUCGUUGCUACACCGAACUCUGUAUAUUCAGUUGAGUGCUGAAAAAAUUAAGAAUGGUGGCACCAAAUUUCAUCAUUUUGCUGAUAUUUUUCCGUUGGCGAGCAGUGAUUAGCAGUUCAGUACCAGCGUAUGGCUUUGAGAAAUAUGAAUUGGGAUACUACAGGUACGGCCCGGGUGUACACAAUGUGUUCACGUACAUUCCCAAACCGAGAGGUACAACGACAUUGACAACAGUAGCAGGCUCCACAUCCACAAUCGGUGGAACCACUUCAACAACUGCGAGUGGAUCGACAUCAACAACCGAAGGAACAACUUCAACAACAGUAUCUGGUUCAACAUCCACAACUGGACAAACAACUUCAACAACAGUAUCUGGUUCAACAUCAACAACCGAAGGUACGACUUCAACUACUGUGGCUGGCUCAACAACUUCUACGACAGUAUCUGGUUCAACAUCCACAACCGGAGGUACAACUUCAACAACUGUGGCUGGUUCAACAUCUACAAGCGGAGGAACAACUAUUACGACAGUAUCCGGUUCAACAUCCACAACAGGAGGAAUAACUUCUACAACGGUAUCUGGUUCGACAUCCACAACUGGAGGAAUAAGUUCAACAACUCCAGCUGGUGUUACAUCUACAACUGGAGGCACAACUUCUACAACAUUAUCUGGUCCAACAACCACAACUGGAGGAAUAACUUCAACCACUCCGUCUGGUUUAACAUCUACAACUGGAGGGAUAAGUUCAACAACUCCAUCUGGUUUUACAUCUACAACUGGAGGGAUAACCUCAACAACUCCAGCUGGUUUUACAUCUACAACUGGAGGCACAACUUCUACAACAUUAUCUGGUUCAACAUCCACAACUGGAGGAACAACUUCAACCACUCCGUCUGGUUUAACAACCACAACUGGAGGGCUAACCUCAACAUCUCCAGCUGGUUUUACCUCGACAACGGCAGGAACAACAACUGUAGGAGCUUCUUCAACAACUGUGUCUGGUUCGACAUCAACAACUGGAGGAAUAAGUUCAACAACUACGCCUGAUUUUACAUCCACAACUGGAGGAAUAACUUCAACAACUCCAUCUGGUUUUACAUCCACAACUGGAGGAUUAACUUCAACAACUCCAGCUGGUUUUACAUCUACAACUGGAGGCACAACUUCUACAACGAUAUCUGGUACAACAUCCACAACUGGAGGAAUAACUUCAACCACUCCGUCUGGUUUAACAUCUACAACUGGAGGGAUAAGUUCAACAACUACGCCUGGUUUUACAUCCACAACUGAAGGAAUAACUUCAACCACUCCGUCUGGUUUAACAUCUACAACUGGAGGAAUCACUUCAACAACUUCAGCUGGUUUUACAUCUACAACUGGAAGCACAACUUCUACGACGAUAUCUGGUUCAACAACCACAACUGGAGGGAUAAGUUCAACAACUCCAGCUGGUUUUACAUCAACGACGGCAGGAACCACUUCAACAUCUGUGUCUGGUUCGACAUCAACAACUGGAGGAAUAAGUUCAACAACUACGCCUGAUUUUACAUCCACAACUGGAGGAAUAACUUCAACAACUCCAUCUGGUUUUACAUCCACAACUGGAGGAUUAACUUCAACAACUCCAGCUGGUUUUACAUCUACAACUGGAGGCACAACUUCUACAACGAUAUCUGGUACAACAUCCACAACUGGAGGAAUAACUUCAACCACUCCGUCUGGUUUAACAUCAACAACUGGAGGGUUAACUUCAACAACUCCAGCAGGUUUUACAUCUACAACUGGAGGCACAACUUCUACAACGAUAACUGGUUCAACAUCCACAACUGGAGGAAUUACUUCAACCACUCCAUCUGGUUUAACAUCUACAACUGGAGGAAUCACUUCAACAACUCCAUCUGGUUUUACAUCCACAACUGGAGGAUUAACUUCAACAACUCCAGCUGGUUUUACAUCUACAACUGGAGGCACAACUUCUACAACGAUAUCUGGUACAACAUCCACAACUGGAGGAAUAACUUCAACCACUCCAUCUGGUUUAACAUCUACAACUGGAGGGAUAAGUUCAACAACUACGCCUGGUUUUACAUCCACAACUGAAGGAAUAACUUCAACCACUCCGUCUGGUUUAACAUCUACAACUGGAGGAAUCACUUCAACAACUUCAGCUGGUUUUACAUCUACAACUGGAAGCACAACUUCUACGACGAUAUCUGGUUCAACAACCACAACUGGUGGGAUAAGUUCAACAACUCAAGCUGGUUUUACAUCAACGACGGCAGGAACCACUUCAACAACUCCGUCUGGUUUAACAUCUACAACUGGAGGGAUAAGUUCAACAACUACGCCUGGUUUUACAUCCACAACUGAAGGAAUAACUUCAACCACUCCGUCUGGUUUAACAUCUACAACUGGAGGGAUAAGUUCAACAACUACGCCUGGUUUUACAUCCACAACUGAAGGAAUAACUUCAACCACUCCGUCUGGUUUAACAUCUACAACUGGAGGAAUCACUUCAACAACUUCAGAUGGUUUUACAUCUACAACUGGAAGCACAACUUCUACGACGAUAUCUGGUUCAACAACCACAACUGGUGGGAUAAGUUCAACAACUCAAGCUGGUUUUACAUCAACGACGGCAGGAACCACUUCAACAACUCCGUCUGGUUCGACAUCAACAACUGGAGGAAUAAGUUCAACAACUACGCCUGAUUUUACAUCCACAACUGGAGGAAUAACUUCAACAACUCCAUCUGGUUUUACAUCCACAACUGGAGGAUUAACUUCAACAACUCCAGCUGGUUUUACAUCUACAACUGGAGGCACAACUUCUACAACGAUAUCUGGUACAACAUCCACAACUGGAGGAAUAACUUCAACCACUCCGUCUGGUUUAACAUCUACAACUGGAGGGAUAAGUUCAACAACUACGCCUGGUUUUACAUCCACAACUGAAGGAAUAACUUCAACCACUCCGUCUGGUUUAACAUCUACAACUGGAGGAAUCACUUCAACAACUUCAGCUGGUUUUACAUCUACAACUGGAAGCACAACUUCUACGACGAUAUCUGGUUCAACAACCACAACUGGUGGGAUAAGUUCAACAACUCAAGCUGGUUUUACAUCAACGACGGCAGGAACCACUUCAACAACUCCGUCUGGUUUAACAUCUACAACUGGAGGGAUAAGUUCAACAACUACGCCUGGUUUCACAUCCACAACUGGAGGGAUAAGUUCAACAACUCCAACUGGUUUUACCUCGACAACGGCAGGAACCACUUUAACAACUGUGUCUGGUUCGACAUCCACAACUGGAGGAGUAAGUUCAACAACUUCGCCUGGUUUUAUUUCAACAACUGCAGGAGUAAGUUCAUCAACUCCAGCUAGUUUUACAUCAACAACAUCAGGAACCACUUCAACUACUCCAGCUGGUUUCACAUCGACAACCACGGCAACCACUUCAACAACUCCCUCUGGCUCAACAUCCACAACUGUAGCCACAACUUCAACGACCCCAGCUGGUACGACAUCUACAACCGGUUCAACUACCACCGGUGAAUUGAGAACUACAGCUGGUACAACCACGACCUCAACGACACUCAGCCCAUCGAGUUCGACCAUCUUUCCAACGUUAUUUCCAACUUUCUCCACUGGGUUGUCGACUGGGAGUACAUCGACAGCUCAAUUCACCCUAUUUCCGACCAUCGUUGUGCCAACCACCACGGUUUCAACAUCAUUGCGUUCAUCUCAACUGUUACAGUCUGGGCAGCUUGAUAAUGUUGGCUACCCAAAUUUUCUACAGACAUCGAAAAUUCGGAAUCCCCUAGGUGAAAGCUACUGGCCUUCAUUAGUCCCGAUCCAUGGCUGCAGUUCUCCAACUGCCGGCUGCACCGAUUCUUGCCAAGUCCUGCUCCACCUGGUCCAACCACCUCGCUCGCUGGGCUCCUCUCCUUCUUGUUCCUACCGGAUUCGAUGCGAACACCAUCUUUGCAGGGCUGCUGUCCGGCAAUCUUGCAACAUGCCCUGCCCAUCGCACUCGUCCAGCCUUGGCGACUUUCUGAAUGCUGGGUUCGCCGUAGAGUUGCGCCAGUUCGUGGUUCAUUCUCCUUCUCCAUACUCCGCUUUCCUGUACACCACCGUAUAUUGUUCUGAGCACUCGGCGUUCGAAAACUCCAAGCGCUUGUGAGUCCUCUUCAAGCAUCGUCCAUGCUUCGUACCCAUAGAGAACAACCGGUCGAAUUAGGGAUUUGUACAUGGUACACUUCGUACGGGGUCGGAGUUUGUUGGACCUCAAGGAGUUAGAGUGGAGAUAAUAUUAACAAUAAGUUAUAGAAUAAGUUUACAAUUAUCAGUUGCCCCAAUGGAAUAUUGAUGUUUUGUUUGCAAAUUAAUUACACUCUUGAAAUGGUAAAAACAGUCGAAAUAAAUCCCUUACUUUGAAA